CUAACCAUGUUUUGAAAACCAAUUUUGAAUUUGAUCGUAUCGCCCUUGGCUCGUGAUUUAGCAAAGUCGUCGAAUAGGACUAGCAUAUCGACCCUGAACUAGACUACUACUCAUUGUUUUGAUAAAAUUAGCGUAUAAAUUAUCGAUUGGUGGUAUGUUAUUAGUUGAUUUUAAAUGAUACAAGUGUACAAACACACUCUCGGGCGUGCUACUUUGAGUGUAGAAGGAGAGCAGAUCCUCUGGACUACAUUUUAUGUCCAGAGGAUGAACCACUUCAUAAAUUGAUCUUUUCGAAUGGAUUCCAUCUGUUAAAUAGAUAAGAUUCAUUCAAAAGGUCCAAUAAUCUUUUGUGGUCCAUCCUCUGGACCACAAAAUGCUAUCCAAAAGAUCCUGAUUGAUAUUUUGCAGUCCAGAGAAUCCUGAUUGGUGUAGAAGGGGCAACGAGUAAGGAAGGAAGUGACAUCCUAGCUAGUGCUUAGGAUUCGAUUGAGACAUUGAGUUCGAGUUGAGUUCAAGUAGGAGUUAUGGGUUUAGGGCCAUCAACUGUCAGCCGUAGCUAGCUCACUGGGCCCCACCGGCGCCAACACGCUUUAUCCCUCAAAUGCGAGUAAAGAGAUUUUAUUAAAGAAGAGCUGAAGAAGGAAAUAAAGAACGCCAUACUUACUCACUGCUCUCUCCCACUUCCUUCUUCUCUCCCAUCUCGAGCAUCCCCAUGGCCGACCGAGAGCUUCCGCCGCCGCCGAUCGACUUCAUUAAGGCGGCCACUGUCGACUCUUUCUGCGAGCUACCCUUCCUCUGCGCCUCCGCGCCGGAGCAUGAUAAUUCGACGAGCCCUGCCGCCGGCGCCGUGCGGCUCUUCGGCAUCGAUGUCCACUCCGGCGGCGAGGAGAACGCGCGCAGGUUCGGGUGCCACUACUGCGGCCGCAUGUUCCCCACGUCGCAGGCGCUCGGCGGCCACCAGAACGCGCACAAGCGCGAGCGCCAGCACGGCAAGAUCACUCACCUCCACUCCGCCGCCAUGGCCGUCGCCGCCGCGGAGCACCAUCUCCGGCGCCACCCCGCAGCCGCCUUCUCCCCUGCGACCCACCUCAACUACCCGCCCGCUCGCAGCCACCUCGGCACAUCCGCCCGCUUCCAGUACCACCACCCUUCUCCAUCGCCUUCUCGCCACCCGUCACCUCCAUGGACAGAUGGCAGUCGCAUCCCCCACCGCACAUCGGCAACAACGGCGGCGGCGCUGCCGGGGAAGUGGAAAGUCCCGACCCUGCAACCUCUUUUCAGGCCGGCCGAAGGAGGCGCCAAUGGCCGUGCUGGUUCCUCAUCUUCUUCCUUAGCUUCUCCGAGUGUCUUCGAUUCCAGUAAUUCCAAGAACAAUUUAAGUCUGGAUUUGCAUUUGUAAGUUACUCCAUUAAUUAAUUAACAUGAUCUGAUCAUAACAGAGCUAGUUCUUAAAUAGCAAUUUUUUGCCUUUUUUUUUAUCUUCACAUAUAUCAAUUAACCAAUUAUUUGACGCGUGAUUAUUAAAAUCAGAAUAAUUUAUCAACACUUUAAUUGCUAUCUGCA